CCCCGGGGUAGUUGGGUGGUAGGUUUUUGGUGGCCCUGAACAACCCCAUCAACAACCACCACCACACACUUACGUUACUUUAUUUUUGGUUCAGGUCUUUUAUUUCAAGAUUACGGUGAUGCCUGAGGAGAAGGAUGAGAUAUAUGAUGGGUGCACAGUUGUGGUCCAGAGAGGCACGUAUAUGAAGACAUGUCGUGUGUUACAAGGCAGGACCUAUGCAUUUGGUAAACGAGGGGAUGGGCAGUUCACCCUUAAUAUUGAUGGUGCUCUUGGCUGCCCAUUUGGCUCUUCAUUUAGAAUGGAAAGGAUGUCAAACAAACUUUUUAGUAUACAUAAAACUGAAGAACUUAAUACUUGUCUUGAUAUUGUGAAGGAAGGUGGGGAAGACAAUCGUGACUUGCAAGAUGAUGGCAGAUCCCAAAAGUUGACUCCAGAAGAAAUUAUCCAGCUCAAAGGCUCAGGGCUGACAGGAAAAGAGGUUAUCCAGACAAUCACAGAAAACAGCACAACAUUCAAAGAUAAAACAGUAUUUUCCAAAGAAAAAUAUGUUAAUAAAAAACAAAAGAAAUAUGGAGAGAUCAUUACCAUACAUAGACCUUCGAUACGACUGCUUAGCAACAUGUAUUACACCCUGGAUCCACUCAAAAUAGCGAAUCUUCGUGUAGAUACCUUGUCACAACUUCUGUGUCAUGUGAACGUCCAGCCAGGUGGUUCCUUUGCUGUAUUUGAGUCUGGUACGCAGGGAUUGGUGACUGCUGCCAUGUUGCAUCGCAUGGGCACUAUUGGGCAUUUGGUUCAGGUUUAUCAUGGAAAUCAUCCACAGAGAGAUGCAGUAGACCUGAUGAACUUCACAACUAAAGAGCUGGAAACUCUCUCAUUUAUUAAUUUUACCAAGUUGCCAGAUAUUACUCCUCAAGAAGAAUUUGCAACAAAUGGCACAGAUGAGGUGAAGGAGCUUACAGCUGAACAAGCUGAUAAAGAGCUUAUUGCUGAGGACACACAUUGUGAAACUAAAGAAAUGAAGGCAGACACCACAGAAAUAAUAGAGAAGCCAAGCAGUGAUACAAAAAGCAUGAAAAAGGAAUUUACAAGGCCACAAAAGUUUGUACGGAAACAAGAAGAAGACGUACGAAUGUCAUCAACUGUACUUCAAGGGAAUGUUGAAGGUCUUGUUGUGGCAUGUCGCCAGUACCCCAACAAUAUUUUGAGAGACUUGCUACAUUACCUCAAACCUGGUCAUCCAUUUGUUGUAUUUUCCCCUUACAAAGAACCUCUAAUGGAGCUCUUCAUGGAAGUGAAAUCUCAAAAUGGGACAAAUGUACACCUUAGUGAGACAUGGUUGCGACACUACCAAGUGUUGCCUCAACGCACUCAUCCUGAUAUUAACAUGUCAGGUGGAGGGGGAUAUCUCCUCUAUGGCACACGCAUUAUAAAAGACUGAAAACUCCCCCUGAAAAAAGGGGGCAUUCCAAAUACUCUGUACCACACUAAAAGAAAAUGCAUGGAAUAUAUUCAAAAUGAGAAAUAAGCGCAUAUGCAGUACUUUUAUACAAGUACAAGAAUUUUUUUUUUUUUUUUCAACAAGUCGGCCGUCUCCCACCGAGGCAGGGUGACCCAAAAAGAAAGAAAAUCCCCAAAAAGAAAAUACUUUCAUCAUCAUUCAACACUUUCACCACACUGACACAUAAUCACUGUUUUUGCAGAGGUGCUCAGAACACAACAGUUUAGAAGCAUAUACGUAUAAAGAUACACAACAUAUCCCUCCAAACUGCUAAUAUCCCAAAACCCUCCUUUAGAGUGCAGGCAUUGUACUUCCCAUUUCCAGGACUCAAGUCCGGCUAUAUAAAAAUAACCGGUUUCCCUGAAUCCCUUCACUAAAUAUUACCCUGCUCACACUCCAACAGAUCGUCAGGUCCCAAAUACCAUUCGUCUCCAUUCACUCCUAUCGAACACACUCAUACACGCCUGCUGGAAGUCCAAGCCCCUCGCCCACAAAACAUCCCUUACCCCUUCCUUCAAACCUUUUCGAGGAUGACCCCUACCCCGCCUUCCUUCUCCUACAGAUUUAAAUGCUCUCCAUGUCAUUCUACUUUGAUCCAUUCUCUCUAAAUUACCAAACCACCUCAACAACCCCUCUUCAGCCCUCUGACUAAUACUUUUAUUAACUCCACACCUUCUCCUAAUUUCCACAUUCCGAAUUUUCUGCAUAAUAUUUACACCACACAUUGCCCUUAGACAGGACAUCACUGCCUCCAACCGCCUCCUCGCUGCUGCAUUCACAACCCAAGCUUCACACCCAUAUAAGAGUGUUGGUACUACUAUACUUUCAUACAUUCCCUUCUUUGCCUCCAUAGAUAACGUUUUUAGACUCCACAUAUACCUCAACGCACCACUCACCUUUUUUCCUUCAUCAAUUCUACGAUUAACCUCAUCCUUCAUAAAUCCAUCCGCCGACACGUCAACUCCCAAGUAUCUGAAAACAUUCACUUCUUCCAUACUCCUCCUUCCCAAUUUGAUAUCCAGUUUUUCUUUAUCUAAAUCAUUUGAUACCCUCAUCACCUUACUCUUUUCUAUGUUCACUUUCAACCUUUACACACACUCCCAAACUCAUCCACUUACCUUUGCAAUUUUUCUUUAGAAUCUCCCAUAAGCACAGUAUCAUCAGCAAAAAGUAACUGUGUCAAUUCCCAUUUUGUAUUUGAUUCCCCAUAAUUUAAUCCCACCCCUCUCCCGAACACCCUAGCAUUUACUUCUUUUACAACCCCAUCUAUAAAUAUAUUAAACAACCAUGGUGACAUUACACAUCCCUGUCUAAGACCUACUUUUACCGGGAAGUAGUCUCCCUCUCUUCUACACACCCUAACCUGAGCCUCACUAUCCUCAUAAAAACUCUUUACAGCAUUUAGUAACUUACCACCUAUUCCAUAUACUUGCAACAUCUGCCACAUUGCUUCCCUAUCCACUCUAGCAUAUUUUUUUUUUUUUUCAACAAGUCGGCCGUCUCCCACCGAGGCAGGGUGACCCAAAAAAGAGAAAGAAAAUCCCCAAAAAGAAAAUACUUUCAUCAUCAUUCAACACUUUCACCACACUCACACAUUAUCACUGUUUUUUGCAGAGGUGCUCAGAAUACAACAGUUUAGAAGCAUAUACGUAUAAAGAUAUAAAGAUAUUGGCAGUUUGGAGGGGUAUGUUGUGUAUCUUUAUACGUAUAUGCUUCUAAACUGUUGUAUUCUGAGCACCUCUGCAAAAGCAGUGAUAAUGUGUGUGUGGUGAAAGUGUUGAAUGAUGAUGAAAGUAUUUUCUUUUUGGGGAUUUUCUUUCUUUUUUGGGUCACCCUGCCUCGGUGGGAGACGGCCGACUUGUUGAAAAAAAAAAAAAACGUAUAAAGAUACACAACAUAUCCCUCCAAACUUUUCUAAAUCCAUAAAUGCAAUAAAAACUUCCCUACCUUUUUCUAAAUACUGUUCACAUAUAUGCUUCAAUGUAAACACUUGAUCUACACAUCCCCUACCCACUCUGAAACCUCCUUGCUCAUCCGCAAUCCUACAUUCUGUCUUACCUCUAAUUCUUUCAAUUAUAACUCUACCGUACGCUUUUCCUGGUAUAAUCAAUAAACUUAUUCCUCUAUAAUUUUUACAGUCUCUUUUGUCCCCUUUCCCUUUAUAUAAAGGGACUAUACAUGCUCUCUGCCAGUCCCUAGGUAAGAAGUACUAGAUAAGAAGUACAAGAAUAUUAUUAUUAUAUAUUAUUAUUAUUAUUAUUAUUAUUAUAUAGCCAGACUUGAGUCCUGGAAAUGGGAAGUACAAUGCCUGCACUUUAAAGGAGGGGUUUUAGGAUAUUAGCAGUUUGGAGGGGUAUGUUGUGUAUCUUUAUACGUACGUAUAUGCUUCUAAACUGUUGUGUUCUGAGCACCUCUGCAAAAACAGUGAUUAUGUGUGAGUGAGGUGAAAGUGUUGUAUGAUGAUGAAAGUAUUUUCUUUUUGGGGAUUUUCUUUCUUUUUGGGUCACCCUGCCUCGGUGGGAGACGGCCGACUUGUUGAAAAAAAAAAAAAAAAGAAUAUUAGCAUGUUUCCUACAGAGAAAUAUUUCUUUGAAAAAAUUAAAAGACCUGCUGGUUCCCGAGUGUGUGCCUUUUCUGUAAACAAAAUUCUUUGUCAUACACUAAACUUUAAAUUGAAUUUUGAAAAAUAUAUAAAGUUGAUGUAAACCUGGUACAGUGGACCCCCGGUUAACGAUAUUUUUUCACUCCAGAAGUAUGUUCAGGUGCCAGUACUGACCGAAUUUGUUCCCAUAAGAAAUAUCGUGAAGUAGAUUAGUCCAUUUCAGACCCCCAAACAUACACGUACAAACGCACUUACAUAAAUACACUUACAUAAUUGGUCGCAUUCGGAGGUAAUCGUUAUGCGGGGGUCCACUGUAUAUGAUACCAACAAGCUAUGGCUAUAAACACAUAAGUGAACACUUAAGACGUUAUGUAUGUGUGUCAGUCUUGGAACCCAGGAUGUGAAUGUAUUCAUAAGACAUUUUAUUAAGUGUUUACUCAUGACUUUAAUACACUUAGAAUUUCCUAUUUCUUAUUCUUUCUUAUUAUAUUACCCCUAAAUGUGCCUUUCUGCAUUACCUGUAUCUUGUGUUGCUCACUUGAGCAGAGUUAAAUUUUUCUUCUUAGCUCAAGCAGCUUGUAAUUUCUUAACUUGAUAUCCACACUAAUACUUAGAAUUCUAACUUUUUAUUCAUUUUUCAAAAAAUUGAUCACAUUCUUUGUACAUUAUUCAGAAGGAUGUGGCACUUUUAAAAUCUUCCUUAAUCAUAUAGCUGUGAAUGAGUUUACAUUGUGAACUAUAUUAGCAGAUACUCAAAUGGUUUGCCGAAUAAUUUUUUUAACCAACAGAGGGAAUAGUUGUCACUCAGUUUUAUGUAAAUGAUCUAGUUAAAGGUUGUUUUUACUCAAGGGAGUAAUUAAGAGAGAAUAUAAAGUUGAAUUUAAAAUUUAUUAAGAAAGAAAUAGGUAAAUAUUUUUUUAAAAUAGAUAAGAUGAAGCUUGAUAAUGUGGCAGAUGAGUGCAUGGAGAUGCUGACUGAUCAUUCCAAGGAAAGAACAGAUACUCUUAGGAAAAGAACUGCCUUGUCUUACAAGGUAGUGCUUCUGUGGGAAAACCAAAACUUAUGAAUAUUGAUUUUUUUUAAUUACAAGUGUUGAGAUAAUAAUGUGUCGAGACAAUAAAACCUAUUAUGUACUUGAGGCAAUGUGAUCCAAAUCUUUCAGGUGACGUGCGUGCUUUAUCAUUUUAUACAUCCAGUAUGUAUUAAAUACUUUGUAAAAUAACUAUUUUUGCAAUUUUCUCAUUAUUUACAAUGGAUUACAAAAUAAAAGAUAGCAGAUUCA